AUGGUGCGGGAGCCAGAGCCAGUGGAGCAGCAAGAGGAAGCCAGGCCAUCUGCGGCGGUAGAGGAGGAAGAGGAAGAGGAGGUGGCUGAGGAAGACGAGGUGGAGGAGGAGGAAGAGGAUCUACUUGACAAUGACCAGGACGGAGACGGGGAGGAGGAUGAGGAGGCAGUAGAGGAGGAAGAAGAGGAGGAUGGUGACGACGACAUUAUCGACGCACUCGGCGACGACGAUGCCGACGAGCCCACCACAAACGUUGCCAUGACAACCACCACCACUACCACCACCGAGUCUGUGGAGGAAGUUGUCCGGGAUGUGUGCUGGGCCAACGCAGAGACUGGUCCGUGCCGGGCCAUGCUGCCACGCUGGUACUUUGACCGACAGGACGGCCGCUGUGCUCAGUUUAUCUACGGCGGCUGCGGAGGCAACAGGAAUAACUUUGAGUCAGAGGAGUACUGCCUGUCUGUCUGCAGCAGCGUCAUACCUACUGCCACGCCCAGCUCUCCAGACGCCGUGGACCACUACCUAGAGACACCCACCGACGAAAACGAACACGCCCACUUCCAAAAGGCCAAGGAGAGCCUGGAGGCCAAGCACCGUGAGAGAAUGUCCCAGGUGAUGAGAGAGUGGGAGGAGGCUGAGAGGGAGGCCAAGAAUCUUCCACGUGCUGACAAGAAGGCUGUCAUCCAGCGUUUCCAGGAGAAGGUGGAGGGGCUGGAGCAGGAGGCAGCCAGCGAGCGCCAGCAGCUGGUGGAGACCCACAUGGCCCGGGUGGAGGCUCUGCUCAACGACCGCCGUCGUCUGGCUCUGGAGAGCUACCUGACUGCCCUGCAGCAGGACCCACCCAGGCCUCGUCACGUCUUCAGCCUGUUGAAGAAGUACGUGCGUGCCGAGCAGAAGGACAGGCAGCACACCCUCAAACACUUUGAACACGUCCGCAUGGUGGAUCCCAAGAAGGCAGCGCAGAUCAGACCCCAGGUGCUGACCCACCUGCGUGUCAUCGAGGAGCGUAUGAACCAAUCUCUGGGACUUCUCUACAAGGUGCCCGGCGUGGCCGACGAUAUCCAGGACCAAGUCGAGCUCCUGCAGAGGGAGCAGGCGGAGAUGGCCCAGCAGCUGGCCAACCUGCAGACAGACGUGAGGGUGAGCUACGGCAACGACGCCCUGAUGCCCGACCAGGAGCUGGGAGACGGCCAGACUGACUUCUUGCCCCAGGAAGACACUCUGGGCCUGGGAGGCGUCGGCUUCGUUCACCCUGAGAGCUUCAACCAGCCCAACACCGAGAACCAGGUUGAGCCAGUGGACUCUCGCCCUAAUCUUGACAGAGGCAUUCCCACACGACCAGUGACUGGAAUGAAGAUGGAAGUGUUCCCUGAGCUGCGGAUGGACACAGAGGACAGACAGAGCACUGAAUAUGAAGUUCACCACCAGAAACUGGUCUUCUUCGCAGAGGACGUGGGCUCCAACAAGGGCGCCAUCAUAGGCCUGAUGGUCGGCGGCGUUGUCAUAGCGACAGUGAUCGUCAUCACCCUGGUGAUGCUGAGGAAGAAGCAGUACACCUCCAUCCACCACGGAGUCAUUGAGGUGGACGCGGCCGUCACCCCCGAGGAGCGCCACCUGUCUAAGAUGCAGCAGAACGGCUACGAGAACCCCACCUACAAGUUCUUCGAGCAGAUGCAGAAUUGAGAACACACACACACACACACACACACACACACACACACACACAUAAACACACAUACAUCUCCCCACUUAUCAUGCACCCACCCUCCCCCAUCCUCCCCCCUCCCAACUCGUCCCGAUGUGGCUUAGAUCAUAGAGUGACUGAAAUAGUCAGUUACGAGCGACUGCAGUCAGGGGUUUGUUUUCUGCCUGGGCGGACGCCGCGGCCAAAUCAGUUUGCACCACGUUUGUUCACUUUAUCGGAGCAAGUCGCCUUUUAAUUCAAGGAAAAUGGGGCGGGGGGUGGGGUUUAUAUGUUUGCUCCGUCUGGGCCUGCUGAUGUAUAGAAGUGAGGCCCCCGCCCAGUGCAUCGAAACAAACCCACACACGGGGGAAGGAAGCGGCUUCUCUCCACACUGAUUCAGGGCCAGUGUAUAGUUGGGGUUUAUUUUACAUUUCUUACUUGUUUCUGGCCUGGGAAAGUUUUAGGUGUUGACUUGUGUAGAAAUCUGACCUCUGAUCAGUCGGACAUGAGGUGCACGCUGACCUGGGCCUCGUCUACAGGAGGCGUGCAGGAGACUCCAUCAAAUCAAUCAACAUUGGUUUGUUCCUGUCAUAUUCUUUGUAUUGAUUAUAUAGAGAAAUAUAGAUUAGAAUCAAGCAACGUGAUUUCUGAGGAUGAGGCCCAGUGGUUCCCCUCAAACUGCACCACUACUGCACUCACUCUACAGUCUACACUGGAGUAUAAGUGAUCCUCCUCUCCCUCCCCUCCUCCUCCUUCUUCAUUCCUCCCUCCAUCCUCUUUUUCUUUUUGUGCAUUCUUACGACAGCUGGGCUGUGUUAAGCCACACAAGGCUCUUAAAGGAUAUUCGGGGAUGCUAAUGUUACGAUGUAUUCUGAAUGAGCUGUUUUUAUUUUAGGGUUUUCUCUCUUUAUCGUUUCCGGUUUUGUUUUUCAAAAAAAAAAAAAAAAAAGAUCAGCCAAUGUAAAGUCCUUUUUUUAAAUUGCGUGUAAUGUUAACUGAAGUAAUGCUCAAGUCUUAGCUGUUCCUAUGUAGUGCAUGACGACAGGAUUUGGAAAAACUGAAAAAAAAAACGAAGAUCUUAACGCUGCUCUCUCUCUCUCUCUCUCUCUUUCUCUCUCUCUCUCUCUCUCUCUCUCUCUCUCGAGAUACUUUUCUCACAUAUAGAUUGUCAUUCUAGCAAGAUUGUACAUUUAGUAUCUUCUCGUGAUCACGUGACUUCAAAACAAUGAUGAAGAAUAUAUAUAAAUCUAGAUGAACAGGCUCUGCUUUGAUAUCAUGUAAAAUACACAUUUAAAAGAGAUCUGUGAUUUUGGAAAUUAAGUGUGUUUGUCAUUUCUUUUUAAUUAUUAUUAUUUUUAUCAUAUGCUAUGUUCCUGAAGCUGCAGGAGAGGUGUUGGGGGGGUGCUGGUUUCAUCUGUUUGUAUAUUAUUCUCUUAUCUGAAAUACAUUGUGUAGAAAAUCCUCAUGCAUAGUGAGCGUUCAGAAAUCACCCUAUUUCAGUUUUGUCAGAUUCAUGUUGGCGUGUUUUUUAUUUUAAAGGGCAUGUUAUGGGGGUGAUAGUUACAAGGAGUGGGGGAAACGGACAAAUAAUAGAAGGCAGGAUGGGGGAUGGGUAAGAGUUAUCCCUGCGUGUGCGUGUUUUGUCAUUUUCUGUCGUGUUUCUUUGUCCAGUUGUAAGCCGACGUCGUUCCUCUUUCUUUUUUGGGGGUUUGUAAUCAUUUCGCUUUCUGCUGAUAAAACAGGUGAAGUGCUGAGAGGAGGAGGAGAAGGAGGAAGGAGAGCGAGGUAGAGAGGAAAUGACUUGCAGUUCCGGAUGGAUAGCCAGCCAAGCAGGCAGUCUGUAUAUAUAAUGGAUUUUCACUUCCCCCAGCACCUCCCUUCGCCUUCCUCUUCCCUUCAAGCACGCUGCUCACCUCUCGCCAUCAACGCACACUUGACUCCUGCACAGCGCUGGAGUAUUUAACUAAUAGGCAUCAAGAGAGCUGAGAGCAAGUCAGGGGGUUAAAAGCAGGGACCAGGUAUUGGUUUGAGGUAAAUUCAUGCUUGUAGCCAAGAAUCGCACCCCCCCUUGUUCAUCUCCAUGCACUCAACUCCUGCCACAGAGUCAACAUCAUCUCAGCAUCACAAGAAAAAGUGUGGCGUGACCUCUCACUCUGUUUAUGCAUCUAAUGGCGAGUAAGAUCUGCGAGAAAGUGACACGUGAAUGUGCAUGUGGUGGCUGCAGUGAGGUGGUGGUCUUUUCAGAGGGUGCUCAUUAGAAGCCCAGCAGGGGGCAGUAGAGUAGAAGAGGAAGCAGGAUUUAUCUUUCCAUCUCUUUUUUUUUUUUCACGUGGGUAAUAUAUUGGUUUUGUUUUCCACUGUGUAAUAUUGUGCAGGCCAUUUGCAUUGACUGGGAAAACGCUUUCUACACUGUAUUCCAUAAUAAAGUUUUGAAUGUACAUACA